GCAAGUUGCUUCAAGUGCUUGUUCGUUGUUUGGGAGAUCAGGGAACAGAAUCUCCCAUGAUUUAAUUCUGGAAUCUGACAUUUCUGAGCCAAUCAAGGGAGACUUUACAAGAGUAACAUCCAGGUCUAUAACAAUGUCAUCAUCUAUGGCAUGCUGUGAAAAGAUGGAUGGUUGCACUACUUGACCCGUCAGGAUUACAAAAAAAAAACUUGAGAUGUGCUUGUUAUUCUCGGAGCAACAUGGAUGAUCAGCCAACACUAUCAACUGAGCAUCAACAAAACAUGAAUACAGACGUCAAGGCAUUUUACUGUUUGGUCUGUGAGAAAUUCUCAUCAAAAUUGUAUCCUAGUUUCGACCAAGGUGUCCACACUGAGGUGAAACCCUUUGUUUGUGAGACCUGUGGUAAAGCCUUUACUCAGCAAUGCUCUCCAAACAGUCAUGUAACCUUACACACUGGAAACAAACCGUCUGCUUGUGAGACCUGUGGAAAAGCCUUUUCCCGGCAAAGCGAUCAAUUGACACAUCAGAGGAUCCACACUGGUGAGAAGCCAUUUGUAUGUGAGACCUGUGGUAAAGCCGUUUCCUGGCAAAGCUAUCUACUGAUACAUCAGAGGAUCCACAGUGAUGAGAAGCUAGUUGCGUGUGAGACCUACGGUAAAGCCUUUUCCCAGCAAAGCGAUCUAUUGACACAUCAGAGGAUCCACACUGGUGAGAAGCAGGCCUGUGAUGAAAAGCCUCUUGCGUGUGAGACCUGUGGCAAAGCCUUUUCACGGGAAAGCCAUCAAUUGACACAUCAGAGGAUCCACACUGAUGAGGAGCAGGCCUGUAAACAGCCUCUUGCGUGUGAGACCUGUGGUAAAGCCUUUGCCCGGCAAAGCGAUCUAUUGACACAUGAGAGGAUCCACACUGGUGAGAAGCCAUUUUCAUGUGAGACCUGUGGCAAAGUCUUUGCCCGGCAAAGAUAUCUAGUGAUACAUCAGAGGGUCCACACUGGUGAGAAGCGAUUUGCAUGUGAGACCUGUGGCAAAGCCUUUGCCCGGCAAAGCGAUCAAUUAACACAUCAGAGGAUCCACACUGGUGAGAAGCCAUUUGCAUGUGAGACCUGUGGCAAAGCCUUUUCCCGGCAAAGCAAUGUAUUGAUACAUCAGAGGAUCCAUACAGGUGAGAAGCCAUUUGCGUGUGAGACCUGCGGCAAAGCCUUUUCCCAGCAAAGCUAUCUAUUAAAACAUCAGAGGAUCCACACUGGUGAGAAGCAGGCCUGUGAGAAGCCACCUGCGUGUGAGACCUGUGGUAAAGCCUUUUCCCGGCAAAGAGAUCUAUUGACACAUCAGAGGAUCCACACUGUUGGAAAGCCAUUUGCAUGUGACACCUGUGGUAAAGCCUUUGUCUGGCAAAAAUAUCUAUUGAUACAUCAGAGGGUCCACACUGGUGAGAAGCCAUUUGCGUGCGAGACCUGUGGUAAAGCCUUUUCUCACCAGUGUUCUUUGAACAGUCAUCAGACAUUACACACUGGAAACAGACCAUUUGUAUGUGAGACCUGUGGCAAAGCCUUUCCUCACCAGCAUUCUCUGAACAGACAUCAAACAUUACACCUUGGACACAAACCAUUUGCAUGUGAGACCUGUGGCAAAGCCUUUUUUCAGCGAGCAUAUCUGCGCAUACAUGAAAGGGUGCAUACUGGCGAGAAACCGUUCAUUUGUGCGACCUGCGGCAAAGCAUUUUCGCAGCGUGGAUCUCUAAUUGUGCAUGACAAAGUGCAUACCGGUGAGAAACCAUUUGUUUGCGAGACCUGUGGUAAAGCCUUUUCUCACCAAUACACUCUAAACACACACACGAAGGUCCACACCGGUGAGAAACCCUUUGCUUGUGCGACUUGCGGUAAAGCGUUUUCUGAACGAAGUGGUCUACGCACUCAUAGCAGACUGCACACUGGUGAGAAACCGUUUGAGUGCGCGACCUGCGGUAAAACGUUUGCCCAACAUAGUGGUUUGAGCAGCCACAAAAAGGUCCACAUCUCCAAGAAACCACAUGUGUGUGACUUAUGUGGCAGAGCAUUCAGACACAAAAAUGCUCUAUUUAAUCACCAGAAAACCCACAGCGGGGGGAGAAAUGAUAAUUCCUGUUGGAAUUUGCUGUCAAAGGACGAAUCAUGACCAAGGGUUAAGUGAGAGUAGGAGAGGUAGCAGCAUGUGGACAUAGUAUACAAAUAAUGAAUGUUUUGAGUGCAAUGGUGAGAAUAUUUUCAUGAGUUGAAAGAUUGAAUGUUCCAUUCAACGAGACGAAGCCGAGUUGAAUGGAACAUUCCAUCUUUCA